AUGGCGGGUAAGUUGCACAUUAAUCCAACCGACAGUUUUAUUCUCGAUUUGAUAUGUAAAUUGACUCAAUGCGCACAUCAGUGUAAAUGUAAAUGCGGUCGACUAUGGGUUGCCAGUCUUAGUUUACAGGGUGGUGUACCGAAAGGUGAAAGUCGUCAGUCUCACACUUGUUAUGUUCAGCUGGCUGGACUGAUCCCUCGCUUACAGCGGACUAAGGAAAAACAAUCCGAGACGUUCGAUAGUGAUGAUGACUUUGAAGACGACGCAUCUCAAUCACCAUUCGAUAGACGGACAAAUUUCAUUCAUGAAAUCUCCAAUAGCGAUGGUGAUGAACAAGUUCCUGAUUCGCCAAUCAAAGAUAAAAAGACGUUUAUCUAUAAAAACACAAAAAAAGAAUCCUCGCCUUCACCAAAUCCAUCCUCUAAAUCGCUACAAUCUUUGUCGGAAAAGUCUUCGUUUAGUCUAGCUCAUGCAGUCCUUCUUCAAGAUAUCGAAGAGCUUUUGGACCAGCGUGCCAAUUACCUUCUUUUUGAGGAUAACUUUACGCCAACAUUAGCGAAAAUUGUUAAGCGUGAUCAUGGAGCGUACUCAUUUGCUAGACUUCGUUCUGUUUGUGCGAGAUUUGAGAAUGCUCAAGCUAUGAAGCAGCAUGAUGCGAAGAGUCGUAGCACAAGCGCAUACUUCACUAAGAUGGUUGAUAGAAAAAUUUCAGACGAUGAUGCUCGAGCUUUUGCCUUUGCCAUCGCAUUUUACUCAGGGUCACAGAGUGAAACUAUCAACCAAGGUGUAGCAUUGAUCAUACGAACUACUUGUGCCGAAGAUAUCAUAAAUGGCACACACGAAGAGAUCGGGGAAGACGCAGCCAUUAUUAUGUUCUAUCUUGCACGAGCCCUAUCUCAUAUCACUUUUUAUUGGGGCACAGUCACUCGACGUGUUCAACUGACUCCAGAGGAGGUCGAACUCGGCCUGUGCAAAUACUCAGUCUUAUGGGUCGAUGACAACAUCUUCGAUGAAAAUUGGGAAAACAAGAGGCAUAUGGAAAAAGCAAGCACUGCCGGCAUUGAAGUCAAUGUGCAUUUCAUUCCUAAAUCCACCACUAAAUCUGCUUUGGCUUUUCUCAAGUCACCAUUCGGUGAACGGCUCAAGCACAACGAAACAUUUCGGAUUAUUACUGGCAUGAAUCGCCACAAUGAAGAACCGUCCGACAAUGCAGGCGCUCGGUUGCUUGCAAGAGCUCGAGAAAUGGGUUUCAAUUCAAGAUGCCUUGUUUUCACAGGAAAUGCUGCUGAUGCCGAUCGAAAAGUGAAGCAGCUGAUCAUAGACGUUAAGCAAAGAGAGAAUAUUGAAAUAACUCAAUCAGUUAAUAUUCUAGAGCAAUUCGUCAAUUUCAAUAUGUCGGAUUCCUUGAAAGUUUCGCAGGCUUCAAAAUCGUUCUGCACACCUAGUUGA